UUGUGUGUGCGUGUGUGAGUGAGUGUAAGUGUGCUUGUAGUGUAACACUGGUGCGCUAUUGUUUGCGGCCAACCGUUGCAGCAACUGCAACUGCCGCCCGCUAUUUUGGGGCUGUAUAUUAGGCAACAACAUACAACAACCAAGAGCAACAGCCAGCCAACUACUUACAGCAACUAGCUACGUUUUUGGAUCGAGUCAUGCAAAUUUAAUGCAAACACUUUUAUCUUUUUGGCGUGUCUGUGUUAUUGCAAUAAAAAAUUGUUGUUGCCGCUGCUGUUAAUACAAAAAAAAAAAAAAAAAACGUUAAAGCACUUUAAAUUAACUACUCGUUGCAUUGAGCGCGCUUUUAAUCACGUCGAAAGCCACUUGAUUUUGCCAGAGGCAAAAAAGAAAAGUCUAUCAAAACAACAAACAAGUUGGGCAAUCAAGCAACAGGCGACUUAGGAACAUUUUGUCGUUAGCAACAUGUUGCCAAGGAUUACGUUCGCUGUGCUGAUCAUCUUUUGUGGAUAUUUACUGAUCACGGAUUGCCGUGAAACAGAACGUUCGAAGCGGACCAAACGCCCACGCGCCCCGGAGCCGGUUAACUUCGAGCCAGAGCCACAGCAGGAUCUGGAGAAUGAGGACAAUGGCAGCCAGGAAAAGGAUCUGCCCGAAAUACCCGACAAUUUUUUAAGUCCCUCCGUCCGUGAAUAUCUGGAGCUGGGCAAAUCCAUACCGGGUCGACCCGGCGUGGACUAUCCAAUACUCUCUGCUGUCCCCUACACGAACUUCUACUGCGAUGAGCAAUCCUAUCCCGGCUUCUUUGCGGACAUGGAAACUAGAUGCCAGGGCUGGCAUUAUUGUGACAUUGAUGGACGCCAGGCCUCGUUUCUAUGCCCCAAUGGCACUCAGUUCUCGCAGGCUGUCUUUGUCUGCGACUGGUGGUUCAAUGUGCGCUGCGAUCUCUCCCCACGGCUCUAUGCGAUCAAUGCGCGACUCUAUCAGCGUCCAAAGGUGAAUCCAACGCGACCGCAUCGCAUCAUCACCAAACAGCUGGUCGAAGAUAUAUUCACUUGAACUGGAAGUUAUUUUAAUGAACUAGUUUAUCGACGACUAUUAGUUAGUUGCUGGUUAGUUUAAGUCUGAGCUACAGGCAUAUAUCAUGAGAUGUACACAGAGAGCAAAUACAGCCGUAAAUUAAGCAUAUAUUCUUGAAUCAAGCAAAAAAUAUAUAUAUUAAAAGUGAACAGAGAGCAAAAUUUAUAAGCCAGAAAUGAGCUUUUAGGUUCAGCCCGAUUUUUUCAUAAUGAACAAAUUUGAAACAAUUUUUUUGACUUCUUACUUAUUUUUCUCA